AUGGCUAUGGACGCCCUCAAGAACCUCACCAAUAACAUCCCCGACUGGCAGCGCCGGCUCGAUGACUUGAGCGGCCAGAUCGACCGCCGCCAGGCAGAGCUGGCCGCCAUCGGUGGAGAGCAGCCCAAUGCCUCGAGCACGAGGUCGCUCCGAAACAAGGGCUCGUCCGAGUCGCUCAAACCGAAGGACGACGGCCCCAUGCACACCGACACCGACGACACAGCAAUACCAGUAACCCAGUCCGAAGAAACGCCACAGGGCGACAUGCCUCCUCCGGCUGUCCCAUUCCCCUCGAGCCCCGAGAGCGAGAAUCGCGCAGCGCUGCAUAAGCAUGCGCGGGAGGCUGUGUUGGCUGCGCACUCUAGAGCCCGGGGCCAAACGAGGAAGAAGCGGCGGUCUUCGUCAAUGGCUUCCGCCGAGGAGCCACCCACCACAUAUCGGACGAGGAGCAUGAUCAUCGUCUACUACGAUAGCUAUGUUCAGGCGUUUUUUGACGAGCUCGUCCGCUUCAUCUCAACCAGCCGGAACCUCAUGCGGAAAGCGCGGAUGGCAGCCAGGGUCGCCCAGAUCAAGCGCAUGGCCGAGAUGGAAAUGCCCGACGAAGACAGCAACCCUGGAGACGACAAUAGCAUGUCCGAUGGCCUGCCGUCCUUGCGAUACAUGAGCACGCGGAGGCUCGGGCCCAUGUCUACCUCGAGGCACGGCCAGCCGCCUGACAUUUACGAGACACUCGACAAGAGCCUCGAGUUUGUCCAAUGCACGUGCGAGCACGGCGCGCAUCAGUUCCUGAGGGACGCAGACUGCGAAGAGGAGAUCAAAAAGAUCCGUGCACGGAUGAGUGAGGUGCUGGUGACGUCUACGAGGGAGAUGGAGCGCGUCCAGCGCGAGGAGCCCGAGCUGGCCAAGGAGUCCGGAGAGGCGAGCAAGCCUCGAGCCAGGCGACCCAUCAGCAUCAGAAGGGACAUGCAAAGCCGGGAGUUGGAGGCCAACAAACAGCCUAGCAAGCUUGCGGCUGCCCCGGUUAAAAUGGAGCCCGAAAAGGCGCCGGCAAUUGAAGCCGUCAGCUCCCUCGAAGUCGACACCAACUUGGAUGCGGACGAGGCCAUCGAAGAUUUGCUGCCCAAACUCCAGUAUCGCUCGACCCGGCAAAUGCGCAGUCGUGCGCACUGA